CAUCACUCCGCCCGUCUCCUCCAUCUCCGUCUCCUCACUUCCCAUCACAUCACUCUCUACGUCUUUCGACACAAAACCCGUCUACCCGUCCCCGGGGGUCUCCCCGACUCUGUACACACUCCCCCACUCCGCCAUCGCACCCCUCUCCCCUCCUCACCUCUCCUUCGCACCGUGCCCAUAACCAUCUCUCCUCGCUCUUUUCGUGGCCUCAUCCUGCUCCCCCUCCCCCUCCCACUCCUCCUCCGCCCUCUAAUCACCCACCUCCCAUCUCCCAUUACCCACCACCCACCACCCACUUCCAACCCCGCACCAUGCCGCCCGCGCUAGAGCUCCUCUACGCCAUCGCGCCGUGCGUGCUAGCCCUUCCCGUCCUUUCCCUCGCACUUCCAGCCGAACGAGCACCGAUCGAGCUCCCGGGUAUACGCGCUGUCACGGUCAAGACGGUCACGCCGCGACGGACAUUCAUCACGCUCACCCUUGCCGCCCUCGCAGCCACCUACGCCCUUGGCGGCGCGCUCAUCGUCGCAGACCUCAUUCUCAAGCACGAGCAUCCGGCAUGGUUCAUCGGCGCCGCCGCAGGACACGCGCUCGGAGGGCUCGCCGUGUUCUCCCUAGCUGCCAUCUUCGCGGAAUGGCGAGGGCGGUGGGGAAGUCGUGCGCUGGUCCUGCUCGCGCUGCUGGGAUUUGGGAUGGACGUGGCCAUUCUCGUGUUGCAGGUCAUCCGCGAGAUGCACACCGGCGGUGACGAGCGGCUUUUCGCUAUUCUGCGCCUACCUCUCACAGGGGUGCGCCUGCUCCUUCUUCCCCUUCUCCUCGUGCUGGUCCUCAACCCCGUCGUCCGCUUCCAGGCCGCGGACGAGAGCACUGGUCUCCUCACCGCAGAAGACGAGGCUCCGGCCCGCGCAGCCAACGGCUACGGCACGUUUGACAGCGACCAAGAUGCGUCGACAACCAGAGAACCGUCCGUCGCGCCGGGCACGCCCCAGCCGCCCCAGAAGAAGACCAUGUCGAAGAAGCUUGGCGAAAAGAAGGCCGAGGAGACGCAGGGUCUGAGUUGGAGCGCGUUCUGGUCGCGCAUCUGGAAGCUGCGCGGCCACCUCUGGCCGUCGACCAGCUGGCGCCUCCAGCUGUACUGCUGGCUCUGCGUCGCGCUACUCGGUGUGGGCACACUUGUGUUUGCGUACACGCCGAUCAUGCUUGGCAAGUUCGUGGACGCGCUGUCCGACAUUGAGAAUGGACGCCGCACCGAGUCACCCUGGACGUGGUUUGCCGCGUGGAUAGCGCUCAAGGCCGUGCAAGGUGGCGGCUUCGUCGGCUUCCUCCAACGUAUGCUCUGGGUCCCUGUGCAGCAGUACGCGGACCGCGAGAUGCAGAUGCUCCUCUUCAACCACCUGCUCAAUCUCUCGCUCAAGUUCCACACCAAGCGCAACACGGGCGAGGUCCUCAAGAUCAUCGACCGUGGGUCCGCCAUUAAUAACCUCCUUCAGACGAUGCUCUUCUCGGCAGCGCCGACAAUUAUCAACAUUGUCGUUGCCGUGUUCAUCUUCCUCAAGUUGUUUGGCGGGUGGCUCGCUUUCGUGCUUGUCGUCGUUAUGACGACGUACGUCGUCUUCUCCAUCGUCUUCACAGGCUACCGCACCAAGCUGCGGCGAGAAAUGAUCGAGCGCGACGUCAAGACGCGUGGCAUUGCCUCCGACGUCCUAAUGAACUGGGAGAGUGUCAAGUACUUCACUGCUGAGGCGCGCGAGUCACGUCGCUUCCACGACUCGGUACAGUCGUACCAGCAGACCGAGUAUAAAGUGCUUUUCAGCUUCAACGUCUUGAACCUCAUCCAGUCUUUCAUCAUCACUAUCGGCUUGCUCGCCGGCUCGCUCAUCAUCGCUGACCGCAUCUACAAGGGCACUGCGAGUGUGGGCAACUUUGUCCAGUUCCUGCAAUACCUGCAGCAACUGUAUGCGCCUCUCGACCGCCUGGGCACACUAUACCGCCAGCUCAACGCGAAUGCAACCGACGCUGAAAAGCUCUUCAAUCUCCUUGGCCAGGAGGUCGAGAUCAAGGAUGUGCCCGACGCCAAGCCCCUCGUCGUCACGGACGGCGUCAUCGAGUUUGACAAUGUGCGCUUCUCUUAUGACGGGGAAGUACAGGCCCUCAAAGGCGUGUCGUUCCGCAUCGGCAAGGGCGAGAGUAUGGCCCUUGUGGGUGAAUCAGGCUCCGGCAAGUCGACGAUCCUGCGCCUGCUGUACCGCUUCUACGACAUUGACUCGGGCUCCAUCAAGAUCGACGGGCAAGACAUUUCAAAGGUCACGCAGAAGAGUCUGCGCCAUGCCAUUGGCAUUGUGCCGCAAGACUCUGUGCUGUGGAACGACACGAUCGGCGCCAACAUUUCGUAUGGCAAGGAGGAGGGCGCCGAGGACGAGGAGAUUAUGGCUGCCGCCAAGGCUGCCAAGCUCCACGACCGCAUAAUGACCUUCACGGAGGAGUACGACACGGUGGUCGGUGAGCGCGGGGUGCGUCUCUCCGGUGGUGAGAAGCAGCGUGUCUCUCUCGCCCGCAUGUUCCUCAAGUCGCCUGCGAUUUUGGUUCUUGAUGAGGCGACGUCCGCCCUCGACACAGAAACGGAGCGCGAAAUCCAGCGGUCUCUCGCGGAGCUUGCGGCCAACCGCAGCUCGCUGUCCAUCGCCCAUCGCCUAUCCACCAUUAUCAACUCUGACCAGAUUGUCGUCAUGAAGAACGGCGCAGUCAUCGAGCACGGCACGUACCACGAGCUAAUUGAGAAGGGCGGGCAAUUCGCGGCCAUGUGGCGCAAGCAGAUCUUUACCGAGAAGGAGAUGCUUGCUGAGUCGGAGGCGCCCGCGUCCGCAUCUCUCGUCACGGCCGCCAAGGCUGAGAGCGCUGGCGUGCUCGCCGCCGCGAGCGUGGACGACGACGGGACGCUGCACAUCCGCAGGGCAAGUCCGCCGAGUACAGUCCAGGAGAGUGAGGAGAGCGCAGCGGAGGCGGACAACGAAGACGACGAGCUUGCAUCGACGCCGCGCAGCCCUAGUGUCCCAGCCCCGUCAACAUAUGCGCAGGCGGUCGCUGAGCCCCCGUCCUCAGAUGCCAAGGUGGUCCACUCACCACAGCCAUCGCCCAAGCUGCAGCCUGCCUCCCCCCAACCGUCCCCCAAGCCCUCCCCGCAGCCCUCCCAAUCCCCUCCCAAGCAGCCGUCGCCCAAGCCCGAGCGUGACGCGGCUACGCCCCGCGCGUUCCCCGGUGCAGGGGCUUCUACAUCCUUCCCCGCCACGCCGCCCAUCACCCGCUCCAGCUCGGGCGCGUCGGGAAGCAUCCAGAACCCGAGCGAGAACGUCGCAUCAUCUGCCGCGCCGCCCGACCGCGGCGAGAAGCGGCGCAAGAGACUGAGCUCGAUCAAGGGCUUCGUGCGACGCAUGAGCGACCAGGGCAAGCCGGUGCUGAGCCGCUCGAACAGCGCGGCGGGGAGCAACCGCAGCGCCGACUCGGAGGGGGAAAGAAGCAAGCGCAGCUCGCAGGAGGACCGUAGGAAGUAGGAGAGCGCGUGGAGUUGCCUCAGUGAGGACGAUCAGGCUGAAUGUCAAAUGUCAAGCCAGUUGUGUAGGAUGCAUUGCAUUGCCAUCG